AUGUCUUUCUGCCGGCGGGGGGUGGAGAUCAUUGUGGAUGACGAGGUGACCAUGCGCUUCUCUGCUCAGGAGCUGGAGUCCUGGAACCUGCUGACCCGCAGCAACUACAACUUCCACCACAUCAGCCUGCGGCUCAGCGUGCUCUGCUUAAUGGGUCUCCUCAUCCGCUACGGCUUCCUAGAAGUCUACAAAUUACAUUCAUUACAAUUGUGGUUAUUUAGCAUGAAAUCAUCUUUUUGCACAUCGCAACGUGUUGUCAACCAAAUUGAUGUUUGGUGGAUUGACUGAAAUUCUGUUUUUUGUUCUAUACUCUGGCAGCUACUGGUAUCUGUCUGCUUGUGGUCUUGACUACCAUAGUGGGCUUCUUCCACCAACAUAACCUCAGAAUACACAAAGUUACAGUACCUCGUACACAAGAAGAUUAUGUGUGGGUGAAAGGCUUAUUGUCAUUGUGUUGAUCUCCUCAGGUUAAGGACGUACCUCAGUUAGAAGGUUAAUCUAAUGUGUUGUCGCAUCUCUGUCCGAUCCCUCACUGCCAUCAUCACCUACCACAAUUGGUACUGUAGACCAACCAAUUACUCACUGGCUAGUAGCUAUCCACAACAUCAGCUCAGACAGCUUUCUGCCUGUUUAGUGACCCACCACCGUAGCCUGUACUGAGCUCAAAUCCAGUUUUAUGUGAAUUAGUGGCACACACUGGUUGUUGGUAGUUUUAUGAGAAAGGCAGUUUUGUUAAUGUGUCUCAUUGUCGUUUCUUUGCUCUGCCCACAGUGAGAACAAACCAAAGAAAGGAGAGAUCUGUGUGGCCAAUCACACAACUCCCAUUGCCAUCAUCAUCCUGGCCAAUGAUGGCUGCUUUUCUAUGGUAUGUAAAUUCUAGUGUGUAACUGUGAGCAUUGUGUGUGUAUGUGAGUCCGUCUCUGUUGUGUAUGUGUGCAAGUUCGGAACAUGUGGGGCAUUUGGUUGGCAGAUGUAUAACCCAUUGUUUGCCAAGAUGAUUAGUUGAUCAAUGUUGCCACUCAGUCUUCAUGUCCUCUCUCAGGUUGGCCAGAUCCAUGGUGAUCUGAUUGGGGUUGUCCAGAGAACCAUGGUGAAAUCCAGCCCCCACAUCUGGUUUGUGAGAUCCAAAGUCAAAGACUGACACCUUGUGGUCAAUAGGUAAUACUGCAGGUGGCGUGUUGAGAAACGACUGUAUAUUUUCCUUCCAUUUUUUUUUUUGUCAUUUAGCAGACACUCUUAUCCAGAGCGACUUAUAGUUAGUGAGUGCAUACAUUUUUUCAUACUGGCCCCCCGUGGGAAUCGAACCCACAACCCUGGCAUUGCAAACGCCAUGUUCUACCAACUGAGCUACACAGAGCCAUUUCUCAUCCUCAGACUGUUGCCUGGGGGCAUUAAAAAGCAGAAAAUAAAUUCUGUCACAAUCUUAUAACGUGGUGAAAACAGUUAUAUUAUUAGCAUGUUAUCAACAUACAUUUCUUUAUUAUAUUUUCCAGGCUUAACAACCAUGUUGUAGACAACUAAACACCCCAUCGUCAUCUUCCCAGAGGGUUAGUAUGGAAACUUUUCUGAUGGAUUGAGAUUGAUUGCUGCUCAAAUAGAGAUGAGUUAAGACACCUAAUGAAGGCUGUAAUAAUGACUAUAAAGAUUCACGCUGUGUUGGAUCUGUGUGAGUUUGUAAUGCCAUGGCGUGACAAUGUGUUUCCCACUCAGGCACCUGCAUCAACAAUUCCUCAGUGAUGAUGUUCAAAAAGGGCAGCUUUGAGAUCGACUGCACUAUACCCUGUGGCCAUUAAGGUAGUCUCUCCCUUUCUCUAUAUCUCUACCACUGCUUUAUUGAUCAUUCUCUCUCAACCACCUAAUCCCGAUCCCUCGCCCUCUCUCUCCCUUUUACCUCUUUCCUUUGUCUCUGUGACAGUAUGACCCUAGGUUUGGCGAUGCGUUCUGGAACAACAGUACGUUUGGGAUGGUCUGAGGGUGAUGAGCAGCUGGGCCGUCGUCUGCAGAGUCUGAUACUUGCCACUUAUGAGCAGAGAGGUGAGGCCUUCGCUCACAUGACCUUGCUUUGGGUUUAGCCCAGUAACGAACGUUGCAGUUAUUGCUUUUUCUAAUGCAGUUAUGAACAAGGCUAGACCUAAAUCAUCAUGACAGUUAUAAGUCCAAAACUCCAUCCUGGUAUGGAGGACUACAUGUUCACUCUCUGACUGAACCCUCUCUGUGGCUAUGUCUAUGUAGGAGGGAGAGGACGUGGUGCAGUUUGCCAACAGAGUCAAAGGAGCCUGGUGGACCUGCUCUGGUGAGUUAAAGUGA